AAAAAGUCUAUUUCCCCAAACAUGACAUAGGCACUUUAAAGUUCGAGCAUUGCAGAGAAUUAUAAAUAACAAUAAUUAUAUUUCAUUUAAUGCUAGGUUCUUAAAGCACAAGUAAUCGCGGACUGUAGUAAAAUACAAAAGAACAGGUCUGACCGUUUUUAACGUGCAAAGAAAAACGGUCCUUAAAGACCUCAACCUUGCUAGAAACGAAUGUAAAAAGUGAGUCUUGUAGUCAGGAACGAAAAUCUAUUCGUUGUGUGUCUGAAAAUCUGAUUUCGUUCUAAGCCAAUGAACGUGUUUGUUUACAUUUUUCCUGUUGACGAAUUAAAAUGCUGUAAUACGACUGACAAUUUUAGGUAGAAUAUUUGCCGUGUUCCCAUGCAUUUGUACAGAGCCGUCCUUAGAAGUUUAAAUAGCGUGUUGCUUCAUAAAUCUAUGACUUUGUUUAGAUACAGUUAAAGUAAUCGCUGAUCAAACAAAUCAGUCAGGCAUAGGACGAAUGAAUAUACACCUUCUAAUUGCAUUAUUAUAAUAAUUGCACUAUUUAUUUUUCACUUCCAAUGGUGCUUCUUUGCUAAGCUAAGCCACUGACCUAUAAAAAUGCCUGUAGUGUGUCGUCUGAGCAAUCAGCCACAAGUAACGUUUAGCUCAACUGAUAGAUCUCGUGUGCUUCAGCUAUAAAGCCUCUUUCCAAGCGGAUAGUAAAAUUUUGCUGAAAGUCGAACAACGCCCAAUCCUAACGAAACUCACUAGGUUUAUUAACCACUGUUCAUGUUGUUCACCUUUGAAACAAUGGAAAAAAUGAAAUUCUUAACCGCUCAAGGGCCCCUUCGAAAUAAAAUUGUGUCGUUUUUACGUUCUUGACGUUUGUAAUAGAAAUUUCCAUGGAGCACGAAGCAAGUGGAAGUACAAGUGUCUGCGAAUAUGGUUCGAAACAUCUUCAAAAUUGUGGUGCUGACAUAAGUUGCAAAGAUGAGUUGGGCAAAACUGCUUUACAUCAUGCUGUUGAUGUUGGUGAAACAGACAUUGUCAAAUAUUUUCUUGAACAAUGUGGCGCUCAUGUAAAUGACAAGGAUAAAAGAGGGUGGACAGUGCUGCACUACGCUGUUACUGAAGGUUCGCUUGAAAUGGUUAUAUAUCUUGUUGAACAUGGAGCUGAUGUAAAUGCCAAGGAUAUUUAUGGACGGACAGUGCUGCAGGCUGCUGUUAGUGAAAAUACGCUAGAAAUGGUAAAAUAUAUUGUUGAACAUAGCGCCAAUGUAAAUGGCAAGGAUCCUAACGGGUUGACUGUGCUGCGCUCCGCUGUUAGUAAAGGUAUAUUAGAAAUUAUAAAAUAUCUGGUUGAACAUGGCGCUGAUGUAAAUGGAAAGGAUUUUCAUGAACGGACAGUGCUGCACGCUGCUGUUAGUGAAAGUACGCUAGAAAUGGUAAAAUAUCUUGUUGAACAUGGCGCUGAUGUAAAUGGCGAGGAUGCUAAAGGGUGGACUGUGCUGCACUCCGCUGUUAGUAAAGGUAUAUUAGAUAUUAUAAAAUAUCUUGUUGAACAUGGCGCUGAUGUAAAUGGAGAGGAUAUUUAUGAACGGACAGUGCUGCAGGCUGCUGUUAGUGAAAGUACGCUAGAAAUGGUAAAAUAUCUUGUUGAACAUGGCGCUGAUGUAAAUGGAGAGGUAAUUUAUGGACGGACAGUGCUGCAGGCUGCUGUUAGUGAAAGUACGCUAGAAAUGGUAAAAUAUCUUGUUGAACAUGGCGCUGAUGUAAAUGGAGAGGUAAUUUAUGGACGGACCGUGCUGCAGGCUGCUGUUAGUGAAAGUACGCUUGAAGUGGUAAAAUAUCUUGUUGAGCAUGGCGCUGAUGUAAAUGGCAAGGAUCCUAACGGGUUGACUGUGCUGCACUCUGCUGUUAGUAAAGGUAUAUUAGAAAUUAUAAAAUAUCUUGUUGAACAUGGCGCUGAUGUAAAUGGAAGGGAUUUUCGUGAACGGACAGUGCUGCAGGCUGCUGUUAGUGAAAGUACGCUAGAAAUGGUAAAAUAUCUUGUUGAACAUGGCGCUGAUGUAAAUGGAAAGGAUAUUUAUGAACGGACAGUGCUGCAGGCUGCUGUUAGUGAAAGUACGCUAGAAAUAGUAAAAUAUCUUGUUGAACAUGGCGCUGAUGUAAAUGGGAAGCAUAUUUAUGCACGGACAGUGCUGCACGCUGCUGUUAGUGAAGGUACGCUAGAAGUGGUAAAAUAUCUCGCUGAACAUGGCGCUGAUAUAAAUGGAGAGGAUAUUUAUGAACGGACAGUGCUGCAGGCUGCUGUUAGUGAAAGUACGCUAGAAAUGGUAAAAUAUCUGGUUGAACAUGGCGCUGAUGUAAAUGGCAAGGAUAAAGUAGGGUGGACAGUGCUUCACUACGCUGUUAGUAAAGGCAUAUUAAAAAUGGUAAAAUAUCUUGUUGAACAUGGCGCUGAUGUAAAUGGCAAAACUUCUCACGGGCGAACAGUCUUGCAAACUGCUGUCAGUGUCAGUGCAUUGGAAAUUGUCAAGUAUUUAGUUGAACAAGGUGCUGUUAUAACUCUUGGCACUAAGAUCCUGAAGAUGGCUGUUCUGAAAAAUUCAGUUGCUUUGUUCAAACUUUUGUUGGAAAAGAACAUCGCUGUGUGGAGAGCUGGAACAUUUCUUGUUGAAGGAAAGCAAAUGAGUGUUGUUGAAUGGAGUAUUCACCUUGGUCAAGAUGAAAUUACAACUAUCCUCAAAAGGUCCGUAAAUCAUCGUGAGAAGAUUCAGAUGUUGAAAACAAUGAAUUGCAACCGGUUAGAAGAGGUUGAAACACCAAUGCAGGCUUUUGUCGCAAAGAAUGAAUUCAAAAUUGGCGAUGGUGGUUUUUCUUGUGUCUAUGUUGGUCUCAUGAAGGAUGGAAGCGAAGUUGCUGUCAAGAGAAUUUUGUUACAAAGUGAAGAUACAACAGUCGAGAACGAAAAGGAAAUAAUGAGUCUUAUUGAAGCAAACAACUCUCCAUUCAUAGUGAACUAUCGACAUUUUCACCGUGACGAUAACUUCAUGUAUCUUAUUGUUGAUCUUUGCGAAGAAAACUUGAGGGAACUUGUUCAUGCAUGCAAUAUUGAACAUCUACAAGAGCAAGGUCCACGAAUGAUUACGGAAAUUCUAUCAGGACUUGAAUUUCUUCAUGGUAAAGGAAUAUUGCACAGAGAUCUAAAACCAUCAAACGUCCUGGUUGAUAUCGAAGGUCGCAUGAAAUUGGCAGAUUUUGGAAUAAGCCGCGUUCUAAAUGACGAUGACACGACAAUUGAAACAUUUGCUAAAGGUACUCCUGGAUGGAUGCCACCGGAGGUAAUUGAGGCAAUAGACAAAGGGGAAAAAGGUCCUUUUAAAAGGAAAUCAGAUGUUCAGGUCGCGGGUAUGAUUGCUUUCUUCAUCUUGACUAAAGGUGAACAUCCUUUUGGAUCAAAGAUAAAUUGGAUGCAAAAUAUUUUGGAGGGAAACUCUGUCAAUUUGGAGAAACUUCGUGACAGCGAAGCUCGUAGGUUUGUGUCGUGGUUGAUUAAUCACAAGAUUGAUGAUAGACCUUAUGCUCACGAAGCAUUAAGAGAUUCUUUCUUCAUAGAUCCAAUGGGAUUGUUACAGUUUCGACAGACUUGUCAAAAGAAAGGUUAAUUCGUCUUAUUGUUGGUAAACGUCGGAUCGUACGUCAAGAUAAAUUAUCUGCGAAGUUUGUUUGAAUUGAUGGAUCCUUCCAAGCCCAAGUUUGUCCAGGCGGAUUAUCAAUCUCUACGGUGCAUCAAGUUAUUUUUAGAACUUUACAACUUUUACAACUCGGUUCCUGGCGUAGACCUAUAGUUAGUUCUUAUAAACUGGAUAGCAAUGAAAUACACGUGUAAAGUCUCUUAGACACAAUUACUAGAUUUAUGACUUUUUAAUAUUGUAAUCUGUAUUUAGAUAAUUAAA